GCCGCGGCUGUUCUCGGGGCGGGGGCGGCGGUGCCGCCCGGCCCUCCCUGCCUUCCCCUCCCUCACACCCGCGGGGAGCGCAGCCCUCGCACACGGGCGCUGCCCCCGCGGGGCCGGGCCGGGCGCUCCCCUCCGGACAUGAGGAUUGAGGCCAUCGGCGAGCGCGGAACGGGAGGAGCGGCCGGUCCCAUGGGCCGCGGGGCUGCGCGGGGCCGGCGGGGCUGAGGUUUCUGCACUUGGGAAAUCUGAAGCGGUUCUCCUCAAACCAAACAGAACUCACAGGUUGCCAUGUUUAUGUUGCUUGUGUUUGCAUUGCUACUGCAAGAAAUUCUGGCUAAUUCCCGAGCUGAAAAUCUUACUGAAUUCACAACCAUUCCGGGGGAGCCGUUGUACAGCUACAAAGCUAUCAACUUGCCAGAUGAGCAUAUUCCAUACUUUCUGCACAAUAACCAGCAUGUUGCUGACAUCUGCAAGCAGGAUGCUCUUUGCCCGUAUAAAAAACACUUGAAGAAACUAAAAUCCUGCUGGGGUUAUGAGAAAUCUUGCAGAUCAGAUAACAGGUUCAGUUACCCAGUAUGUGAUUAUGUUGAAACUGGAUGGGCAAGUGACAUUGAGACAGCCCAGCAGAUAUUCUGGAAACAAGCUGAUUUUGGUUACGUUCGAGAGAGGCUCAAUGAAAUGAAGACCCACUGUAAACCUGCAGCAACAGGGGAUUCGUCUCUGACCUGUUCCCAGUACCUUCAGCAUUGCAGAGCAACAAACUUGUACAUUGAUUUAAGGACUGUGAAGAGAAACCACGACAGAUUCAAAGAAGACUUUUUCCAGAAGGGAGAAAUUGGAGGUCAUUGCACCCUCGAUGUUAAAGCAUUUUUGGCUGAAGGUCAGCGCAAGAGCCCUCUGCAGUCUUGGUUUGCAGAACUCCAGACAUUUACUGCAUUAGACUUCAGGCCUCUAGAAGAUGAAAAGUGUGACAUUGUAAUUGAAAAACCAACGUACUUCAUGAAAUUGGAUGCAGGUGUCAAUAUGUACCAUCACUUCUGUGAUUUCGUCAAUCUUUACAUUACCCAGCACGUCAAUAACUCCUUCAGUACCGAUGUCAACAUAGUCAUGUGGGACACUAGCUCGUAUGGCUACGGUGACCUGUUCAGUGAGACGUGGAAGGCAUUUACUGACUACGAAAUAAUACACUUGAAAACCUUUGACUCUAAAAGGGUGUGCUUUAAAGAAGCAGUGUUCUCCCUGCUGCCUCGGAUGCGGUAUGGCUUGUUCUACAACACUCCACUGAUCUCUGGCUGUCACGGUACAGGGCUGUUCAGAGCGUUUUCUCAGCACGUGUUACACAGGUUAAAUAUUACACAAGAAGGACCCAAGGAUGGGAAAAUUCGAGUCACAAUACUUGCACGCAGUACAGAUUACAGGAAAAUAUUAAACCAGAAUGAGCUUGUGAAUGCUUUGAAAACAGUAUCAACGUUGGAGGUCAAAGUGGUGGACUACAAAUACAAGGAACUUGAAUUUUCGGAGCAGUUGAGAAUUACCCACAACUCUGAUAUCUUCAUUGGGAUGCACGGAGCUGGACUGACCCACCUGCUCUUUCUGCCAGACUGGGCUGUUGUUUUUGAGCUGUACAAUUGUGAAGAUGAACGUUGUUACCUGGAUUUGGCAAGGCUGAGAGGGAUUCAUUACAUCACCUGGAGGAAAAGGAAUAAAGUAUUCCCUCAGGAUCGGGGACACCACCCAACACUGGGAGAACAUCCAAAAUUUACAAACUACUCCUUUGAUGUGGAAGAAUUUAUGUACUUGGUGCUUCUGGCUGCAAAUCAUGUUUCACAGCAUUCCAAGUGGCCAUUUAGGGUAAAACAUGAUGAAUUCUAAGUUAGACUUCUGACUGAAAUACUGUUGUUAAAUAAUCACAGAAUGACCUGGGUUGGAAGGGACCUUAAAGAUCACUCAGUUCCAACCACUUCCCAUGGGCAGGGACACCUUCCACUAGACCAGGCAGCUCAGAGCCUCAUCCAACCUGGCCUUGAACACUUCCAGGGAUGGGGCAUCCACAGCUUCUCUGGGUAUCCUGUGCCAGGGCCUCCCUACCCGCACAGGGAAGAAUUUUUUCCUUGCAUUUAAUCUAAACCUGUUCUCUUUCAGUUUGAAGCCAUUCCCCCUUGUCCUGUCACUCCAUACCCUUGUCCAAAGUCCCUCUCCAGCUUUUUUGUAGCCCCUUUAGGCACAGGAAGGGGCUCUAAGGUCUCCCUAGAGCCUUUUCCUCUCCAGCCUGGACGCCCCCAGCUCUCCCAGCCUGUCUCCAGAGCUGAGGGGCUCCAGCCCUCGGAUCAUCUGCGUGUCCCUCCUCUGGACUCGCUCCAGCAGGUCACUGAUCUCCAUUUGGACAUCAAGCCAUUGAGCACAACUCUGAGUGCAGCCACACAGCCAAUUCCUUAUCCAUCCUCAUAAUGCUCCACAAAAAUACUGUAACAGCAGGAAGCAAAGUGCUGUUGGGAAAUGUGGAAACUUCUACGAGGGAAAUGACCCAUCUUUAAUUUGUCACUCCUUAGCAUCAUACCUCUAGUUUUCAGGACUCUCUUGGUUUUUGCGCUGUAUUUUUGCAUUCCAAAUUCUGAAAUACUCAUCUUUAUACAAAGAUAUGUCCAUCCAUUUCAUGUAAGGUUUUCUGGGGUAGAUACAGGGCCAACAGACUCUGGCAACUCGUAUUUUAAGUUUAGAAACAUUUUCACCUUAGAGAGCACAGUCUUUUGCUUUUACAUUUAAAUAUAAACUUUGAUUCCUCUCACUUUCAGUUGUAAGUGCUCAAAUAUAACGGGUCAGAGCAGUAGGUUCAGUCAGACUUCUGUCUCAGAGCAGGGCAAUCUUUUCCUAAGUGAAUACUUAAAGCUUCAGGUAAGCUGAGUUUAUGUGAAACUUUUUCACAUAAAACUUUCACAUAAACUUUUUCACGUAAAGCAGCAUGCUGCAUUGGAAAACUUGAGCAAAUUGGAAUAAAACUUGAGUCUUUUUGAGGAUGAUAAAGGGAAUGGAUUUCUAUUUUUUCAUGACAAAUGAUAAGAUGUGUACAAUGUCUUUUAAUCCAGCUGAAAGGAUAGGAAUUCAUGAGGAACCUUGGAGUCAUUAAAAGCCUAAUUGUUAAUGUUCUUGUUUCCUCAAAAUGUUGGAGAGUCAAUCUAGAAAACUUCUUAAAACCUUCCCAAAGCCAGUAGCACAGUUCACUGUUUCCAGUGAAGGAAAUACAAAGCCAAAGCCAAGUUCUUCAUGAAAUUCCCCCCAGGGCUGACAUGUUUGUGCUGGUGGGGAUAAAAAAAGAGAGCAGUUGUGUUCUCUCAAGUGAGGCCAGAAGGAUGUGUGAAAGAAUCAAGUCCAUUGAGAUCAAAACCAGAGUUCUAUGUUAAAUUAUAGAUUUUUUGGGGAAUGUGUUCCCGUGCUAGACUUGCAGUUCAGCCGUGCAGUGCUGGUGGCACUAAGCAGAGCACACAUUGGUAUGGGAAAGCAGGAGAGUUACAGUGAAUGUAAACAUUUCACUGGUCUAAUUGUAGAUGUUAUUGACUUCCCUUCUGCAGCGGUCGUAGGCAAUUUCACAGAGUGUAGGUGCAUUUACUGACCUGCCUGUGCUGGGAAGGGUGAGUUACUGUAAGCACAAUUUCCAUAUAGAUCUCUCAUGACCUUAAGCAGUGCAUAGGGAAGGUUGGAUAGAGCUGAGACCUUCGUGUAUCUUGUGUAUCUGGUGCAAUUCUUCCUGUAGUGUGUUGUUUUACUGAGGGAGAAAACUGUUUCACUUUAAAGAACCAUAGAAGCAAAAUUGCACUUUUUGACAUAAGGAAAAGAAAAAAAAAAAAAAAGGCCUCGAGAAAUGCAAUUUCCUGUAUUUGUGUCUGUGUGGGUUUUUUACCUUGUGGGAUUUAUAAAGGAAAAAAAAAAAGUAUAAAACUUAAGUUAGUAAAAUGCUUGUGUUUGAAUGAAACCAAGCCAAAAUAAAGAAGACAUUUAAUUAUGAAAUGCACACGAGAGUUUUUUAAUAAAAAGCUUUUUAAUUUAAAAAAAAAAAUUGUUUGGUCCUAGUUUGCCAGGUUUUAGAGGCAAAUGUUUUAAAUAUUAUUAAUUGCGUGGAGUCUCUGCUUUCUCCUCCGUGACAGCCUGAUGUUCUGAGAUCCAAAGCCAUAUCGGAUCUCUUCAUCUGGGAAUCAUUUAGAGGUAAUGCUGCCAUCCUGCACUGAUGGCUGUGGUGCCAGGCAUUUGAAGAUUGGUUUGUGAAAGUAUUUGUGUCUGUGUAACGGUGCAGGUGAUGCUGCUGAAGGCAGCGUGGGAGUGCAGGCGUGUGCCUGAGUCUGUGCAGAAGCAGCUAAUGAGGAGCUGCUCUUUCAAGUGAUCUCUAAAACAAAUGGUUGAACAUAUGCAUGGAGGAGAGGCUGCAGGGACUUAAUCCAAGGGCAAAAUAUCUUGCCAACGUUCACCAGUUUCAGCAAAUUUGAGUGGAGCAUCAACAUUUGAUGGCUGGCGUAUUAUUCAGCCUUUAUGGCUUAAUAUUGUUGGGAUGAAAAUACUGCUUUUGUUGAUUAACUUUACAAAUAGUCACAAAAUUAUCUUGGCAGCAGAAGAGGUUUGGUUGGAUUAAUGGGAUUUUUGCCAAUGAAUCCUGAGAGAGUUUGGACAACAGCAAAGAUCUGGCUUUCUUCCAGAGGGUCUGGGCCAUCUCUGUCUGUCUGGAAGCUGGAAUUUGAAGGAAUCCAGCAGACUUUGGGGCCACUUGUUCUUUAGGCAGGAUACAGCUCUGGAUUAUGUUUUCCUAACAGACUAUGGAAAUCUUGUUCCUUGCUAUUUCUGAUUUUUGUUUGUUUGUUUUGCUCUCUCCAGUUUACCCAAGUUUAGAGUCUGUUUUUAACUGGCACGUUGGUGUGAGCGUGAUGAAUUUCCCUUUGGGACUUCACACAGUGUUGCCAAUCCUGAACACUUGUGGGAUUGCCUGUGUAUCAUGUACAGUGUAAACUGGGGGCUGGAUUUGAAAUAAAUAAUUUAUGGAUGCA